AUGACCGACUCAUUAUCAUCAAGUCUCAGCAAUCUGGACCUUGAUACAGAUGUAACGAGCAUCAGCAAUUUGAGUUCAAGUAGCAACAAUGGCGAAGACCUCAACGCCACUGUGCAAGACCUUAUUGACCGAUGCAAAACGCUCUACGAUGAAGUAGAAUCCUACAUCAGAGCGGUCGACGAGCGUCAGAAGAUCACCCGAGUCCAACACCCAAUCGAAUAUCGCAACCUACGGAAUGACUUCAAGAAUGAACUUGCAUUUCUAAAGAAGAUCGCAAACUCGUCCAUGACCGAGGAAAAGAUUCGGCAUUAUGUUGUAUCAUCAAAUCUUACCUACUACGAAGCCCUGUGGGGCGCUGCCAAACAAUCGCGUGGGCUACACGCUUUUCGCAAAUACUACUUCUGGGACCGACACAAAGCGCCGGCCGGGAAACGCACACUCAAAGGCCUCAGCCUGGGUAAAGGAGGUAUAGGAAAGGGCAAAACUGCAGCUUUGGUCGACAUUGUGGCAGAUGAAGGCAGGGAAUGGAUUCGUGUGUCAACUGUAUCCGAAAAACGUAUCAUCUUCGACCUUGCCAAGCUGGGAUGGGUGAACGACUUGGAUUCGGACGACGACAUGCCAGACUCAAAGUCGACGGAUUUAGACGAGGAGGACGACGAGGACCAGGUUGACAUUGUACGCAAUGCCCGCGAACUUGCUCGUGCCGCACGCGCCAAUCCAGUACACGGGCGAUCGCCGAGAGUACGCUUUGUGCUCACCCGCAUCGUGGCUGGCAAGACGAAAGAGGUGGAUGCUAUCAUUGCAAAAAUCCGAGCCACUGGUGCAACCGUGCAGUGCUCUGAGGAUAUCCCGCGGACCCAGCCUUUAGAAGCUGUUCUUCCGAAUUUGCUGAUCGAUAGAACACGUGCGUUGUCCGAGACACUCAACGUUGACUGCACCAUACUGCUCGCACUCAUCUCAGACAUAUCACACAAGCCUUGUCCAAUCCUAGAUUGGUAUCCUGGUGAAGUCCAAUCUCAGAUAAAAGAGGAAGCUGGCGAAAAUCUGCUGCCGACUCACCUGUACCCUGCAAUUGGUUCACAUUCCAUGGUCUGCACACAGGAGGCCGCGGACCAGAUGAACCUGAUCGUUGACACCCUCGCUACUGACGAGGAGAAACGGAGAGCCCAACUACUUGUUGCGCAAGGCGACUGUGAGGGGCGCUCAUCUGACGAUCUAGUGGCAGAGUGGGCGUCCAUGUCCGAUCAUCCCAUACCUGCGGGCCUGUCCCUACCAGUUCGCGUUGUACCGAGCAAUAUCGAAGGAAUCAUUCCAAGAUUGCCCGCUGCAGCACGCAAGUUGAAGGAGGAGAUGAGCCGAUUGAACUCAUCGAUCUUCUUCUACGGUUGGGCAGAAGGUCUUACAACGCUGAGCUCGAAUCGUGCGCGAGCCCGCCAAAUCGAGUACGCCAUUAAUCAGCACGGCCUCGAGGAUGGAGAGGCUGGUCCCCAUAUAUGGCUGUGUGGCGAGUCAAGGAGCUUGAUUGCGAAACAUGGGCGCAGAGGUCAACGUUAA